AUGGGCUCAACCGUCGUGCGUGUGCGCAGCCUCCGCUUCUUCGUCGCACUCUACGCAGCGUACGCCCGGUACCGGUACCGCCUCGCGAGCUCGUCGAGUCCGCUCGAUUUCCGCCACAUCCAACUCGAAGAGCAGCUCGAGAACCUGUACCUUCUCGUUGUCUACGCUCCUCAUGUCGGGGACGACGUCCUCGCCAACGUCCAAGCCGGCCUGCUGGAGCUCCUCAGCGAGCUGCGCCUGCCACUGCUCUCGAGCGUGCACAGCUACGUGUGGCGCGAGCGCAUCUCGGUGGCCAUCGCGUCCGACAAGCAGCAAGUCGCGCCCGGACUCUUCAUUGGUUCGUCGCUGGCCUUUCUCUCGUCGCAGUCGCACGUCGCAGCCUUUUCACGCGGGUUUGUGGCGGUCACCACCAACGCGCUGGACGGGGUCGAAGUGGCGACCACCGCCCGCGACUCCCUCGUGCGCUUGGAACUCGACAAGGUCGGCUUGGACGCGAUUGCAAGCGUCGACCUCCUUCGAAAGACGCUUGCGGUGCAUGCGACUGUCCUCGUCUUUUGCGAGACGGGCGUUGCUUUCAGCGGUGCCGUCUGCAUCGCGUACCUCAUGCACACGUUUCGACUCCCGUACGAAGCCGCGCUAUUGGUGCCGACACCGGCCUUGCGCGACGUCUUGACCGCGUUCGAGGCAUCGCUGACUUUGACGUCGGAGACGCCGCAGUUGUUCGUGGCGUGAAGACAAUUGAACGGCGUUGUUCAGAAACGGACUGCCCGUCAGGUGCCUUGACGGACACGGCCCCGUCACCGUUGUCGCAAACAGCAAUGUGAAC